AUGCAAAAGAAGCUAGAUGAACCCCUAUUGAAGAUAAAACAAGACGUUUCCACACGCUGGAACUCCACGUAUGAUAUGUUCGAAAGGGUGUUAAAAAUUAAAAACAGUGUUAUGUCCACAAUUGCUAUCGAUUAUCCCGAUACUAUAAAUAUGACUUCUGAAGACAUUGAGGUUUUGGAUUCGGCAAUAGAAAUUCUUUCAUUUUUCAAAGAUGUAACUGAGGAGAUGAGUUCAGAAAAGAAUGUUACAAUAUCAGAGGUUAUACUUAUAUCAAACGCCCUCAAAAAGAAAUGCCAAAAAUUUUUAUCUACGCCACAUCCGGACUGUGUUUUACGAAUGACCCAAGUGCUUUUAAAUGAAAUUAGCACAAGGUUUUCGUGCAUUGAGGAGAAUAAUAUUUUUGCUGAAAGCACUAUAUUAGAUCCAAGAUUCAAAAAAUAUGUGUUUGAGAAUGAGUACGCUUACAGUAAAGCAUGUACAAAUAUCAAAGCCAUGGCCGGGCGAAUUCAAAUACAAAGCACAUGUACAUCAGAGCCGCCAUCUUCGUCGCCAUCCCGUAAGCGUAAACAUAGCAUAUGGAAUGAGUUUGAUGAGCAAGUGUGA